AUGUCGACUGCAAGCUCGCCAACGACGCGUUCAAGGACCCUACUUUUUAUUUCAUUUCGCGAUUCAAGAGCACCCUCGACACGUUUCUCCCGUUUACACUCAUCCUAUUCCGAUGAACCAUACCGUGCUGAAGAUGAAAAUGAAACACUCAUACAUCCAAGUUCCGUACAUCUCGCUGAGUUGCCUCCCAAAUGGGUCGAUCUUUCUGAACAAGUAGAAGAGAUCUUGGGCGGCACACAGGCUAAAAUUAUCACUUUGGAAAAACUUCAUGCAAAGCAUGUUCUCCCCGGCUUUGCGGACCGGACGGCAGAGGAGCGGGAAAUCGAAGCGGCGACCACCGAAAUAACCAAAGAUUUUCGACGAUGCCAUACUUUGAUUCAACGUAUCGGUACUGAACAGGCUCACUCAUUCCCCCCUUCCACUCAGAAAACUCAGUUUGAAAUCCUCGCGGCCAAAAACGUGCAACGAGGCCUAGCCGCGAGGGUCCAAGAACUCAGCUCAACGUUCCGCAAGAAACAGCGUGUCUAUAUGGAACGUCUACAAGGGCACGCGAUUAAGAAUCAAGAUCUCCUGAUUGCGUCUGGGACUAUUUCUUCAAGAGGAUCCGAGGGCUUGACUGCUGUUGACGAAGACGUAGAAGCUGCGCAAGCUCAGAUUCUAGAUAACAUACAAGAUCACGAUCUCCGUGUCCGCGACCGGGAGUUGACGGAAAUUGCAAACUCGAUAGCUUCUCUAGCGGAAUUAUUCAAGGAUUUGUCUAUCCUUGUGAUAGAUCAAGGAACUCUUCUUGACAGUAUUGAGUAUAACAUUGAACAAACUUCGGUAGAAAUGGCCGAAGCUGUGAAAGAGUUAAACCAUGCAACGCGAUACCAGAAGAACACGGGCCGUCGGAAACUCAUCUUCCUUCUCCUAUUGAUCAUUUUUGGGUUAAUCGUUGUCCUGAUUUUCAAACCUCGUCGGUCAUCCUCUUUAGGUUCUCCAUCUGCUCAAGAUUCAAUUACCUCCACGGAUACUUUGGUCUCACGUUACUUUCAUGCACGGACACCCCCUAGCCUUUACGUACCGAAUAAUACUUGA